AUGAAUCAAGAUGCGAAUGAUUUCAUCGAGAAUAUUGAUUACUGCGAUGUAACAUGUUUACUUGAUUUACCCAAUGAAAUUUUACUUUUGAUUUUUCGUUAUUUAUCAUUGACGUCUAUUUUUCAUUUAUUUUCAACACCAUCACAACCUGAAUUACGUCUUCAUCGUUUGAUUCAUGCUUAUUAUAACAAGAUAAAAUUUAAUGAAAUAACAAAUAAUGAUUACAUUGAUUUAGCAAAUUUAUUUUCGGAUUCGAAUCUUUCUCUUCGACCUCAAUCAUUAAUAUUAAGUAAUGAAAAUGUCAAUUGUAUUAUACAACGUUUUCUUGCUUAUACGGACAUUAAUAUAAUUAAAUCCAUAUUUGCUCAUUUAAGAUGUCUUACAUUAAUGGAUUGUUCUUCUUCGGAUCUUCAAACAAUUCAGAGAUAUAAUAUAGAUAUGACACAAAUGGAAUAUUUACAUAUUGUUGUUCGAAACAUUGAUAGAGUUAUUGGUUUCUUAUUCGAAGAAUCAUGUGAUACAACAAUCAAUCAAUUUCUAUUCAGUACACAAAUGUCUUCUUUACAUGAAAUUAUUAUUCAUAUUCCUGAUGGACUUAUCUUACAUGAAUCAUUAGUACCUAAUGAAUCACUUCGUCAUAUUGAUAUAGUUUUACAAACUAUCGACGACUUAUAUAUAUUACUUGAUGGACUUGUGCCUAAUGUAGAAAAAUUGAUUAUUCGAAUACGUUAUUCACGAAGACUCUCUAAUCGUUACUCUCAGAAGAGUAUAUCAUCAUAUUCUCAACUAACUGAAUUGACAUUAUUAGAAAAUGGAACAAGAUUUUAUAUUGACGAUAUUAAAUGUAUUUUUGGUUACAUGCCUACUUUGAUUAGAUUAACAUUGAGUAUUCGUGAUACGCCUGAUUCAAUAUUUAUUAAUGGUCCUCAAUUUGAAUCAAUAUUAAUUAAAUAUUUACCAGAUCUUCGUCAAUUUAAUUAUACAGUCACUCAGAAAAUUGUUAAGAAAAAAUACUUUCAAGAUUUUCUUCAAUGGCCAAUGGAUAUUGUUUAUUAUAGAAAUGAAUCAUUUAAAUGGAUACAUGUAUAUUCAUUACCAUGGCCAUUAAAUAAAGAUGAUAAACGACUAUCAGGGGUGGCGCGAGUCAACCAACAUUGGGGGGUUACAUCAAAUGUAAAACGAUCUCAAUAUAUGAAACGUCUUAGCAUUAUAAAACCUAAUGAUUUGUUUCGAUUAAAUACAGAAUUCAAUCGUGUUUAUCAAAUAAAAUCUUAUUUAUCAAUUAAUAUCGAAUUACCACCACAGAUUACUAAACUUAUUCUUUCAGAAGAAACAAGUAUUUCGUCGAUAGAUUCAAUAAUUCAACCAUCAAUUCGUCAUUUGAUUGUUAAACACAUUUUAAUAGAUGAAAACGAAAUUUGUAUAUAUGCUCGUCAAUUUCCUAAUGUUAAAUAUUUAAAAUUAUUCUUUUCACAUGAAGAAUCUCAUUUUAUUAAUUGUUUACAAGCAUUGUUCACUGUAAAUGAUAAGAUUAAUGGAAAUCGUCAUAUUUGGCCUCAAUUAAUAAACUUUUCAACUGUAGCAUUAUGUAAUAUAUUUUAUGAUAUUUUAGACGAAAAUGAUAUUCAUCAUUGGCUUAUUACUAAAACUGAUUUAAAAUAUGUUAAAAAUAGAUUUUAUGCUGAUUAUUUCAAUAGAAUAUUAUUUAUGUGGUUUUAA